AUGGAGAACCCCUUGUCGCCGGGCACCGCCAUCCUGAUCCUUAGCGUUAUUCUCAUCGCUAUCUUCAAUGCCAGGUAUGCCUUCCCGGCUCGAUUGUUGGUGGGCCUCCGUCACUAUCAGCUCGCCGGCGGUCUGCUGUCCAACCAGAAGACCCGAUCCAAGCGUGUGACGACCAAGAGCAAGAAGAAGGAAGAGGAGGAUGACUCCUUGGGGGAGGCAGAAGCUCUGGCAGUCGUGCCCACAACUUACAGGGAGGUCUGGGACCUCCCCUACUUCAACCUGUUUGAUGGCACGAUCUGCCUGGCAGAGCUGGCGGGGCUGGUGACCGCCCUGUCUGCUCUCUACGCCUGGCACACGGAUUCCCCUCCUCCCAACCACGCCCUGGCGGUGUCGGGGCUGUGCGUGCUGGGCAGCCUGGUCUCGCUGGCCAAAACGGAGUUCCUGGCGCGCACCACCAGCACCGGGGACAAGAUCAUGGCCCUCGGGUACGGGGUCGGGGGCGGCCUGGCGGCCUGGGUGAUCCAGGGACGGGCGCCGCUGUGGGCGCCGGUGCAGCAGCAGAGCUCCGCCGCCGCCCUGGUCGGGCCGGUGCUGGCGGCGCUGGCCCGCCCGGGGGCCACGCCGCGCAGUCUGGGGCUGGCCGGCCUGCGCCUGACCCUGGCCGGCGCGUCGGGCGUGGCCGGCGCGCUGCUGCUGCUGCCCGCGCUGCGCUUCGCCGCCGCCUUCCGCCUGCAGCGGUCGCCCCCCGCUUGGGCGGGGGGCAACAUCCCCACCAACCUCGUGAAGAAGACGCGGCUCGGCCUCCAGUUUCUGGGGCCCCUGGCCGCGUCGAUGCUCUGGGGUAGCCUGCGCGCCGACAUCCUGUUCGACGUGACGCCCUCCGGCGCCCGUCUCAUCCAGGGCGCCGCCCUGGCGGCCGUGGGCCUGCUGGGGCUCUCCAACACCCGCCUGCUCAUGCAGCGGUACCUGGACACGGGCCUGCUGGGCUGGCACGUGCUCAAGCACCCCGCGCCGGGGGGGCUGACCCACCGCGGCCUGCGCCUGGAGCUGCUGAACAGCGGGCUGAACCCGCGGCUGGUGCCGGGCGUCGACGCCAACCGCGUGCUGGAUGCGGGCCUGGGCUUCCUGGCCUGGUGGUGCGGCGCGGCCCACUUCCUCUUCGUGGCCAGCCACAUGUGGGUGUUCGACGCCCCCGUGGCGUGA